CCGCUCAGUGUAAGACCGGUUCUCCGUAUUAAAAGGGGGUUUUGGCCAAUGGGAAUUUAGGAAAGGAAGACCGACCGCUAGAUGGAAGAGGGGCCUCCAGACAAUCAAAAAGCCCAGACUCAGACUCAGAGCUCAAGACUCCAGACUUCAGACUCCACUCCAUACAGCAGAGAAAAUAGGGAAGAGCUCUAGCUGCAUGCCACAACCUCCCAACUUGUUCAGUCCCCCGCUUUCUUGUUGACAUCAGUCGUCCUUGUGGAACAGCGGAGCAUUGUAAGGUUUGAUCCAAGCGAAAAGGCACUUCUUGUUUGCGCCCACAUCAGCUUGAAGCCUUCCCGAAACCCGCAAGAAGACACACUAUGACGUCCCUGUUCACUCAGGGGUUCACCCGCAAGGUUAUUAUUCCAGAAACGAAAGAUGAGCAGGGUGCAAUGCACGCUUCCAAAGAACAGCCGAGCCAGACCGCGAGCACAGCCUCACAGCCUGAGACCCCCCGGUCCCCACUUACCCCCCUGACUCCUCUAAGUAUGGCUAGCUCCAGUACUUCUGGAUCGACCCUCAAUGCAGAUCCCAAUAUGGAGAGGGGCAUGGUGGUCCAUCAGCAGGAGAAGGAGAGGGGGAUGGUCGUUCACCAGAAGGAGAAGGCGGGGACUGUGCUGAUAACUGUGAGGAGCAUGUCAGACGAGGAGAGGAACAGGCUGGCGCACUUGGAGGUCUCGAGAAAGAUGGAAGCUGCCGAUGCUCUUCAUGCUAGGGAGGCAGAAAUUUUUGUGGAGAAGGCCAUGCGAGAUGCACUGGCAGAGCAGUACCAUUGUGAAGCCAAAGCGGAGAAGAAGUUUGAAGAGGAAAUGUCAAGCAUUAAGUACAAGGAAGCACAGUUGAGAAAGAAGAUCGAGAACAAGCUUACACAGGCCAUGGCCGAGAGAACCCGGCAGGAAAUCCUGGCCAAACAGAAGUUCGAGGAGCGCAAGAUCAAGGCGAAGACUUUGGCGGAGGAGAAGAUUGCAACCGCGAAGGUUUGCUCGAAGGUUUCCAAAUUCAACCAUGGCGCGCGUACAGAAGGUAGAAAGUAG